UACAAAAAACAUGUCUUCCCAAAUCCCUCAAUAUCUGUUCGCCCUCCAAUCCCUCCCCCUCCUCGGCAGCGGUAUCUACACCCUCCUUUUCCCCGCCUCCGCUGCGCAAUCGCCAUACCUGCCGUUACGGGGUGUCAGCAUAGGGACUAUCCAAGCGAUGAGUCUUUCUUCCCUGACACUGGGUACUUUCUAUGCUCUCGUGGCCUAUCAGAAUAACAUCCCGAUGAUGGCGGCUACGAUACCGACGAGGAUUCUGGCUGCGAUGGUGUUUUAUCGCACGGGCGAAGACGCAUGGAAACGGGUCGCACCUUUUGAGGCGGUGAUGGGAGUCGUGACUGGUUUUGGGGUGUGGUUGUGGGGGUAGUUGGGGGAUGCUAGGUUGUACAGGUUAUAUUCAGUGGGUCAGUCGAUUGCUACCAAUGCUCGUAUAAUCCCUUGAUAUCUUCCUAGGCUGUUGCUGAAGGUCCUCGAGGGUGCAUGAGAGGAAAGAAAAAUAGAAAACCAAAAUAAGGGGGAGAGCGAGUUGCUAACGAUAAAUCAUAUUUAAUGAGUUUAGCACAUAAGUUGCUGCUACAUAAAUGGCAUAUCUGAUAUUACGCAU